AUGCAAAAGCAGUUAGUCUCUCUGGUGGCUUUCAGAAGCCCGCAAACACCACUAGCAGAGAGAAGCGCAGACCAGCUACAGCACAACAGCUGGGCCAGUUACUCAUUUUGUCUUGACAACCCCAAGAGCUUGCCAAGAUGUGUGACAUGGGGGGGCUUGACAACCUGAUUGCCAACACGGCCUACCUGCAAGCAAGGAAGAGUGGAGAGGGAGACACCAAGGAGAUGCAAAAGAGACGUAAAAGCCUCUCGCUGCCCAAGAUUGAACAAUGCGGAGAGGUCAGACAGUCCAUGGUUGCUGAUUACGACAACAUCUGUGAGCAACAGCCCAUUGGAAAGAAAUUCUUUAGAGACUUCUUAGAGACUGUGCCAGAAUAUAUGGUAGCUAGGGACUUCCUGGAUGAGGUGUCAAACUGGGAGCUGGCAGAGGACAAUGUCAAGAGCAGUACCAUGGAGAAUAUGAUCACCAAUUUUCUUAAGACAGGUUCCAAAAACUAUUUGGCUUUCAUGAGCUCUGACUUGUCCAGCAAAUGCCAGGCAGCUACUGAGAAAGACUAUGAGAAUGUCAUGCAGCUGGCCAAGGAGGAAACCAAACUCUUUCUUAAAGACAAACCCUUUCAGGACUUCCAGACCAGCCCCUUCUUUGACAAAUUCAUACAAUGGAAAGUUUUUGAGAAGCAGCCAGUAACUGAUAAAUACUUCUAUGAGUUCCGAGUGCUGGGCAAAGGUGGCUUUGGAGAGGUUUGUGCCAUCCAAGUGAAAAAUACUGGCAAGAUGUAUGCCUGCAAGAAACUGGAUAAGAAAAGAUUGAAAAAGAAAGGAGGUGAGAAGAUGGCACUACUAGAGAAAGAGAUCCUGGAGAAGGUCAACAGCCCCUUCAUAGUCACACUAGCUUAUGCCUAUGAGAGCAAAAGCCAUCUGUGUCUUGUCAUGAGCCUCAUGAAUGGAGGGGAUCUGAAGUAUCACAUCUACAAUGUGGGAGAAAGGGGUUUGGAGAUGAAGAGGGUCAUCUUUUACUCAGCUCAGAUCACCUGUGGGAUUCUGCAUCUCCAUUCCAUCAAGAUUGUGUACCGGGACAUGAAGCCAGAAAAUGUCCUUCUGGAUGAUAAUGGUAAUUGCAGACUGUCUGAUCUUGGAUUGGCAGUACAAGUCAAAGAGGGAAAAAGCAUCACUCAGAGGGCUGGGACAAAUGGUUAUAUGGCUCCAGAAAUCCUGAAGGAAGAAGAUUACUGCUAUCCUGUGGACUGGUUUGCUAUGGGGUGUAGUAUUUAUGAGAUGGUUGCUGGGCGAACACCAUUCAAGGAUUACAAAGAAAAGGUCAAUAAGGAUGAGGUUAAACGAAGAACUCUGGAAGAUGAGGUGAAAUUCGAACAUGCCAACUUUACAGAAGAAGCAAAAGACAUUUGCCGGCUGUUUUUGGCUAAGAAAAAAGAGAAUCGUUUAGGAAGCAGAAGUGAAGAUGAUGACCCAAGAAAACACAGUUUCUUCAAAACAAUAAAUUUCCACAGGCUAGAGGCAAACCUUGUUGACCCUCCAUUCGUGCCAGAUCCAUCAGUUGUCUAUGCCAAAGAUGUUGCAGACAUUGCUGACUUCUCUGAAGUACGGGGAAUUGAGUUUGAUGACAAAGACAAGAAGUUCUUCAAAAAGUUUGCAACAGGUGCUGUCCCUAUACCCUGGCAGGAAGAAAUUAUUGAAACAGGACUCUUUGAAGAACUGAAUGAUCCUAACAGAGUAGAGGGGGGUUAUGUGAAUGGAGGUGAAUCUAAGUCAGGAGUUUGUUUGUUGUUGUAA